GUCUCAAUUAUUAAAGUCUGCUUUCAAAUAAAUUUAUCACACUUCCUUCGCCUCUUUCCACAAUUCCACAUCAGCUGUCUUUAAACUCUCUUCACGAUGGAUACGGACUUUGAUUAUGGCACUCCACCACCAGAAGAACGCCUAAUACGAGAGCACACUUUAACUGCAGAACAGGAAGCAGAUUUAACGGAAGCUUUUACACUGUUUGAUACCAAAAAUCAAGGCUAUAUAUCUAUGAAGCAGUUGAAGGAUAUUAUGCAUGCAGUUGCACACAAUCCGCUGGAGCAUGAACUGCAGGAAUACUAUAAUGAAUACGAUCCCAAUAGUACAGAUGAAUUGUACCUCAGUGAUUUUCUGCAUCUGAUGUCAGAGCGUUAUAAGGACAUGACGCCGGAGGAUGAGGUUAUAUUGGCGUUUCAGGUCUUCGAUAAAGAUGAUAAUGGAUAUAUACAUGAAAAUGAAUUUCGACAAAUUAUGUCUACGAUGGGCGAUCCCAUGGACCCUGAUGAUGUCGAUCAGAUUAUACUCGAUGCCGAUUCGAAUACCGAGGGCAAUAUUCUCUAUAGAAAUUUCGUUGCCAUGAUGAGUGAAAAGUAAAGCAGGCGACGAUCAUUUGACAGUUUUAAGUUUCAAGUUUUGGAUACGAAUAACAAAUUAAAUGCUUCAGUCUGUAAAUACUCACAAAAUAGUUUAAAUCGACAAAAAACUCAAAA